AUGGAAGCAGUAGGAGCAGCUGCUUCGAUUGCAGCGCUCGCCGAAAUCACUCUGAAAUCCUUCCGUGCUGCCUCCCGCUUGGUUAAGGACUUGCGCGAUGCACCCAGAGAGCUAUCCCGACUCACUCAACAGCUGAGCAUCUUGCAUUGUGAGCUGUGUCUGUUAUCUGACAUUGAGCACAAAACCUCUCAGAGCGAUGAUUUGCUACUGCUUCCAACCGAGAUUGAGCUACUCAGGCAAGCACUGAGCAAUGCAAGUGAGCUCCUGUCCAACACUUAUGAUGCUUUGAACAACAUACAGACACAUAAGUACGGGUCUAAAGCUAGGCUUCGAUGGGCAAUGAGAAGCAAAUCCCAGACCGAAGACUUGCUGACUAGCCUUGGCCAUGUGGAGGCAGGUCUUACGAACGUCCUGUUGCUUGUGAACAUUCGCUUAAGCGCAUUUUCUUGCAAGCUGGUCGCUUCGAUGCAAGACUCUCAAAAGCCCGUGGAAAAACAAGCGGACAAUAUAUUACACCCAAGACAGUCGAUCAACGAAAAUAUCCAUUUUAGAAACACACCACUCUAUAAUCUCUUCGAUAGGAAUCCACAGCUUCAAAACUCAUUCUACGGGUCAUGGCGCUCGAGGGACACCUCAGUCUUGUCCUGGCUUCGGCUUCAACUGAUACUAACCAUCUAUGGGAAUUCACUCCAUACCACCUUUUUAUUUUCCGGGAAGUUAUUUCUCUGGAAAUCACCACUGGAGAAAGUUGUUUUAGUUAAUAUUGGACUUCGCAUAUUCCCUUUAGCUAACAUGGGCUUCUCUAUCCUGAGGGGAGGUCUCUCAGUCAAAACUGUCAUACCUGACGACUCUGAAAUAAUCACAGCCUGCAAGCGAGGGGACAUUUCCACUGUUCAAAGAUUAUUUGCGUCUCGAAGAUCAUCUCCAUACCAUGUGACUCAGUCAAAUUGUGGACCAUUGCGGUUCGCCAUCGAGAGCGGGUCCUUAGAGUUGGUCAAGUUGCUCUGCCACUAUGGUGCUGAUGUCAAUACGACAUUUGGAAAGUUCGAGACAAGCCCUCUAGAAUGGGCAUUUCGAACCAGGCAUAUCGAAAUUGCGCGCUUCUUCCUCGCGCAAGGGGCUUCCUUAGACUAUCUCUGCUACCGUGGAUGGACUCCAGCAAUGCUACUCUUUCAAAAGGAUUUCCCAGAAGUCCCUCCUGAGUUCUUUGAACUCCUAUCUUGUAACUCAUUCACAGAUAUUGAUGUUCAGGACCGGUAUGGAGCCACGGUGUUGCAUCGAGCUGCUUUAUGGGGAACCGUGGGGGAUAUAAAUGCACUUAUCCGCCUCGGCGCAUCACCAUUGUUGAUGGACACCGAUGUUGGAUGGACGCCUGCGUUUGGCGCAGCAAGCAUGAAUAAUACUGCGGUACUGAAACGUCUCGCAGAGGUAAUGCCCCCGGACCUUGUGCAUCAUGUGGAUUUUCGAGGCCGGACCAUCUUGCACAUUGCUAUUGAAUCCGGGGGCCUUGAAGCUAUCGUGUUUGCUCUGGAAUUGGGGUUUAACCCUCAUCAAACUUCACGCGUAGUGCUGGAUGAAGGCGGCGUCGCCAUAGAGAUAACACCUUAUGAGUUUGCAAAUUCAAAGGGCAGUGAUAUCUAUGAAGUAUUUAUCAGGGCUCUUCAAAUGGUCGGACAUAGUAUCUCAACUGUCGAGGAAGUAGAGGAGGGCUUUAUGUUCUGGGAUUCAGUGGAGUGA